AUGUCGCCGCGCCUAGAAGACAAAGUCAGUAUCGUCACCGGUUCUUCCUCUGGACUAGGUCGAGCUAUUGCAUUGAGAUACGCUGAAGAGGGUGCAAGAGUUGUUUGUGCAGACCUGAAGCCGUCAGCUCGUCUUCCAGAUUUAGAGGAUACCAAUUUGGAGACACACGAGUUGAUCACCCAAAAAGGCGGAAAAGCCAUAUUUGUCAGAACUGAUGUUACUUCUGCUACUGACUGGAAAGUUGCCAUCCAGGCUGCAGUAACAGAGUAUGGAAGAUUAGAUAUUUUGGUGAACAACGCAGGAGUCGGUUUAGAGGCACUUCGACCACCAGCACAAAUCCACAACACUGACGAAGAUUUGUGGGAUAAGACAAUGACGAUCAACUCAAAGUCAGUCUUUCUUGGUUGCAAGUACGCCAUCGGCCAGAUGCUUGCACAGGCGCCGCAUUCAUCUGGGGAUCGGGGCUGGAUAGUGAAUAUUUCAUCGAUCAUGGCCUUGAUUGGAGGGCCGAGCAACCCAUCGUACUGUGCCUCAAAGGGGGCAGUGAGCAGUUUGACUCGGCAAGUUGCCCUUGACUAUGCAUCAUCCCGAAUCCAUGUCAAUGCUAUUUGCCCUGGUUAUAUCCAAACGGCAAUCUUCAAAGAAACUACCGCAAGGGAGACAACAAUUGAAGAUCUCCAACGCAAGCAUCCCUUUAAUGGCCCAGGAAAACCAGAAGAUGUCGCUAGAUUCGCUGUUGUCCUCGCAAGUGAGGAUGCAUGUUGGGUUACUGGAACCUCGAUGGCAAUCGACGGUGGCUAUACAGCUCGCUAA